AAUAUGAUGGAUGAACAAGCAAAAUAUUUUGUUAAAAAUAGCUAGGCCUACUUUAAACAAAGCUUAUAAAGGGAAAGAACAGGUCAUGUAGGCUACAGCCAUAUAUAUUAAUAAUGUGAUAUUUAUAUCCCUUUUUCUAUAUGAAAGAAAAUUAAUUACCGCUAAAUAAUUGUUUAAUUGUUUUUUUUUUAAUUGAUUCGUGUUUUGUUAGGUACAAUGAAUAAUAACUUGACCCGAGAAUGGGAAGUGGGAGAAAUAACGUGUACACAGUUUGUAGCCUACCAGAUAGACGGAGUGAAUUGAUAUUUGCUUUGUACAAAAUGAAACGUUGGACUGACAAGCUGGUCUAAUAGAUUAAAUCUCUUUCUUAAUUAGAUAGACCUAGUCACUAUAGUAGACCUAUUUCUAGUUCCCUAUUUUCUUACGAAGCCACUGUUGUUUUUUUUCCACUACUUUUUUUUUCAUAUACACUUUUUUUUAAGGCCCCAAAAGUGGAAAAGCCGUAUAUUUGUUUUGGUUGAUCUGUCAAUCCGGUCGUCUAGGCUAAAACGCAAAAAAACUAAAAAAGAUAUUGAAAACCUGAUUUUUUUUUUCGCCGGCGACCCUCAAAGCCUUAGUCUAAAUUGAGGAGGUAUAUUUUCUUUACAAGGAACAAAUUGGCUGUAUUAGUAGGCCUAUUAAUUCACAUUAGAAUUUUAAAACUAAAAACAUUAUUCAAAAGGUUCUUAAAAAUCUAACAUUUUGCGUGCGUCAAAACGUCGAAUAUUCAAAGAGCGUUUAGAAUAAUUAAGAUCUUGAUGGCCUUUUUCCAGAUUCUCAUGAAAUAUUAUUUAAUAUUUAAUUGUCCUGGAUUUAUAAAUGAUUGCACCCUUGUAUAAUCUCGGCAGCCGCAGUAGCUGUUGUAGUGUCCGUCUUCCAGUAGCUUCAAUUAAGUGCUCUCGUUCAAUCUUUCUUUGCUUUUCCUUCUAGACCAAUAAGUCAAGCUACGUAAACUGUUUAAAACUUGUUCAUGUUGAAUAAAUAAAGAAGGACUCAUGAAAGUUUUCCAGCUACAUCUUAAAGAGGUCGAAACUUAUUUUCAAAAAGCUUGUUCAGAUUGAACAGAAAAAAAAAAUGUUCGUCGGGUAAUAAAAUUGAGUAAUCGAGUUUGUGUACAAACAUUAAUCGAUAGACUUUGAAUACACUGUUAUGUGUACAAGUCUUCAGAAAGUGAGUUGAACAAUUGACUUUGAUAUACAUGUAUAGUGUGAAUGAUGUUUUUUCUUCACGUGGAUUAACUUUUUCCUGCAAGUCAGUGAAAAUUUAUUGUUCGUGAAAAAAUAUGAAUGUUAAAUCUACACCAAACGUAUCUCGUGUCGACUAGAUGUCUGGCUUAAUAUAGAGAUAUUUGAAGAGUCAGAUAGUGAAGUGUUUCAGCAAGGAUGCAGAAAGUCUGUAGGCCGAUAUGAAUGUUGUGUGCGUAGCAUAGCGAUCAGCUCGUUCACGUCCUCAGGCCGCUCAUCAUGUCAAUUCGCAUUGUAGCGGUGUGGAUGCUGUCACUUAUUGGUAGGACAUGUUCCGUCAAGAGGUGUUCCCCGGUGAAGGUGCUGACCAUCGCGUUCUCCGUCAUUCUGACUUGGGCAGUGCUGGUACUUAUAGACAUCUCUGGCAUCAUGCCUGGGCACUCAUCUGUAGUAAACCCAAACGAUGACGAAGGUGCAUUCGUACUCACUGAGAGAGAGUGGAUCGCAAACGAACAGUCUUUAGUUGGGGACUAUCUAGUCCAGGACAAUCCACUCGGAACUUAUUUUAGCGACAAACUUCCUGGUAACGCGCCUUUGGGAUCGUCGUUUUACGCAUCAAAGGUUGACCACCGGAUACCUUUGAAAAUGGUGCUUGUUUUUGUGGAGGAUUCUAAAUCUGCCCUCGUUUCAGAAUUGGGACAGUUUUUGGCCUUGCAGAGGAUUGAAUAUAGGACUAGUCUCCUUCGCGAAGAUAUUCCAGCGUUAGUAUUGACGGAUAUCGAUGUGCCAAGGUACGCCUUGCUCGUCUUUGAUGACUACCUCUCCUACAUGAGCCUGGACCCAGCCAAGCGAUCCCUGAUCGACGAUUACUGCAAGAAAUACAGCGUUGGUAUUUUGGCCAUCACCCAUUCGGCGGGCGCUUCUAGGACCAAAACUUUUACUGAUCACAAAAUUAAACUUCAGCAAGGGAUGAGGUUGAAGAGCUUCAUAUUCAAUCCGGAAAUAGAUUUCUGGAGGGUAGUCAGAGCAGAAGCUACGUUUGAGGACAUCCUUCCUUCGUCUGAUUGGACGAUAUUUAUAACUGAGCACGCGACUUACAAACCUCUGGUAUUCUCCACUACACAAAACAGUUGGUUGCGAAGUGAUGAAAAAGAGAACAAUGCGCCAAAAGUCAUCGCAGUUUACGACGUAGGUCUACUUGAUGGGGUCCAAAAGGUUCUCCUAGGCUACGAUCUCAGCUUUUGGCUCAACUCCAUACUUGCCAUGGAUGCUAUGACGUAUCUAAGCAACGGACGCCUUGGCUUGCCGCUGGAUCGACUACUUCAGAUCGACAUAGACGACAUGUUUGUUGGUCACACAGGAAUUCGGACUUUGGUCAGCGAUGCUGAAGAAAUGUUAAAUAGUCAGAACCGUAUUCGUACACUCAUACCAAAUUUUCGUUACUUUUUGGGUUUUUCGGGCGGAAUGUACAUGAACGGGACGGAAGCGGAAAAGGCAGGAGAUAAGAGGAUUGUGGAGUUAGGAAAAGAUUUUGUCUGGUUCAACCACAUGUUUCGCCAUGAGCAGCCUCACGCCAUGAACUACACAUCUUUGAAGGCAUCCAUACAGAAAAACGUACAAUUUGCAGCUACUCACGGGAUGGAGGUGAUUCGAGAGUAUAUGGUGACACCGCACCAUUCCGGAAUCUACCCAGUCAUUGAAAGCCUCUACGAUUACUGGACGGAGUCAAAAGUUCUGUGCACGAGUACCGACAUGUAUCCACGCAACCUCCCGCAGUGGGCGAGACGAGGUUUCAUCCACAGAGGCAUCAUGGUCGUACCUCGACAGACAUGCAGACUAUUUACACGUACAAUCAAGUACGAGAACUACCCUGGAGGUAAAGCCGAGCUAGACAGAAGUAUCUUUGGGGGUUACCUGUUCAAAGUGUUUUUGACUACACCGUUUAUGAUAUUCAUGACCCACAUGUCCAACUAUGCCAACGAUCGCCUGGCCAUCUACGCCUUUGAUAACGUCCUUCAGUUUGUGUCUAACUGGACAAACUUGCGUCUGCUGGCACUUCCACCAGUAGAGAUGGCACGAAGGUAUUUUCAGAUGUACACGCAGGAAAUAAACGCUGUAUGGACGAAUCCUUGUGACUACGACAAGCAUCGCGAAAUCUGGCCGAUGUCCAAAUCGUGUACAAAACUGCCAUCUUUUAUUAUUGUUGGUCCUCAGAAGACAGGCACCACGGCACUCCUGCGAUUUCUCCAAGCCCACCCGAUGUUACUAGGCAGCAAGCCGGAUCCUGUCCACUUCGAAGAGAUUCAAUUCUUUCUUACCAAAAAUUACCAGAAUGGAUUGGAUUGGUAUCAGGACCAUUUCCCUAAACCAUCUCAUCCCCGACAAAUUCUCUUUGAGAAAAGUGCCAACUAUUUUGACAACGAGCUGACGCCCAAAAGAAUGUAUGCCCUUCUCCCUCAGGUGAAGAUUGUCAUCUUGCUCUGUGAACCAGCCAAGCGAGCUUACUCCUGGUACCAUAAUAUGCUCUUUCAUAACGACACGGUCGCCAUGAACUACACCUUCUUUGAAAUUGUUUCUGCUCCGGACUCGUCGCCCAAAUUUUUAAAAGAUGUUCGCAAUCGAUGUCUUCGUCCAGGAAUGUACGCAGUUCAUCUAUCUCGGUGGCUGCAGUAUUUCCCUAAAGAACAGAUCUUAUUGAUAGAUUCAGACAGACUCGACAAUGAUCCAGUGACAGUGUUAAGGGAUCUACAGAUGUUUGUGGAUGUGGAGCCUGUCAUUGACUACAGCACUAUCUUAGAGUUUAAUGUCGACAAGGGAUACUUCUGCCUGAAAGAGUCCGGGUGCCUGAGUUCUAACAAAGGGCGCAAGUACGCCCCAAUGGACCCAGUGUCAAGAAGUUUUCUCACCUCCUAUUACAGAGACCACAAUCUAAAUCUCAAGACAUUAUUGAACAAUAUAGGUCAUCCAUUUCCUACAUGGCUGGAAAAAAUAGAAGAGUCAUAGAUA